UCAUUUUCUGCCCACUUUCUCCUUUUUCUCUUUUCCUCGUCCCUCUUCCUCUUCCUCUUCUCCCCCCACACAUCUUAUCUUGUGAAUCCAUCUAUAUUUCAAACACUUGCAUUCCAUUCUCAUCUCGCGUUCAUCCUUCUGCUUCUCUCUUUUCAUUCUUUUUCUUUACGUCGCUCUUAUUCUUUAGCAACAUCCAUUGACCCCAUCCUACUUUUUCCUUGCUUUUCUUCUUUUCUUUUUUUUACGGUUACACUACUUUUUUUCCUUUUUUCUUGUUCUAUCUGAAUCAAAUUGUACAAUAAUGGCUCCUCAAAUUGCCUCAAUCAUUGUCGAAUGCAGGUCUCAGGAACAGCUCGAACAGAUCAUUCAAAAUACUAAAAAGGUUGUUGUGCUCUACUACAGCUAUGCCAUGCCUUGGGGUAAAAUUGCCGAACACAAGAUGCAUGUAUGCGCUCGGGCAUUGGAGAAGGGCAACAUCACGACCAUUCCUUUUGUUCUUGUAAAUUACGCAGAGUUUUAUGAGUAUGGAGGCAAGAUCGAAGUUCAACCCUCUACUAUGAUUAAAUAUGCAGCAUACGUAGAUGGUGUCGAACGACAGACAACAGGAAACAGUGCAGAGCUCGAGGGUCUCGUGACAGGUCUUCUCUGA